AUGCCGAAGAGAAAGUCUCCAGAGAAUACAGAGGGCAAGGAUGGAUCCAAAAUAACUAAACAGGAGCCCACAAGACGGUCUGCCAGAUUGUCAGCGAAACCGGCUCCACCAAAACCUGAACCUAAAGCAAGAAAAACAUCUGCUAAGAAAGAACCCGGAACAAAGAUUAACAAAGGUGCUAAAGGGAAGAAGGAGGAGAAGCAGGAAGCUGGAAAGGAAGGUACUGCACCAUCUGAAAAUGGUGAAACUAAAGUUGAAGAGGUACAGAAAACUGAAUCUGUAGAUAACAAGGGAGAAUGA